AUGGCUGAUCAACGCCAGAACCCACCGAGUGAUCUCCACAACCAGAACCCACCCUCAACCCCAAACCCCACCCCAACCCCAUCCAAGCCUAAGGCCAAAAUUCUUGACAAAAGGCCGUGCAACAUGUGCCACAAGUCUCUAAAAGGAAAAGAAAGGCUGAAAAAGCAUCAAAAGGAUGUCCAUGGCAAGGUGGCCAAGUUCAAAUGCGGUGCUGGACCUGAUCGGGCCUAUGCCCAAAGGGAAAGGACAGACCACUCAUGCGGUCGUUGCUGUAGAUUAUUUCACCAAGUGGGCAGAAGUAGAACCAUUGACAACCAUUACAGCAACAAAGGUGCAGAGCUUCAUAUGGAAAAUAUUUUCUGUAUUUUCGACAUUCCUCACACCAUUAUCACGGACAACGGAAAGCAAUUCGACUGCAAUAAAUUCGGUGACUUUUGUUUGGACCUCAAGAAAAUGGCCAGGGGGUCUGGUCGGAACUCUUACCAUAAGUUUUAUGGGCUUACCAUUGCAUCGAGCGCAGCUCAACAGAUGAGACCCCCUAUUCACUCGCAUUCGGAGCCAAGGUAG